CCAAGUCUGAAGGUUACAAGAUGAAGAUUGAAAUAUGAUGUGCAUCUCUUGAUGUGCACGUACGUAGAAAGGGACUUGUAACACCCUUGAUUCGGUUUAAGGACAAACACUAUAAUUACUGCACUCAUUAUACUUGACGUGACAUGAAGGCACCAGUUUCCUGUUCAUGAAUCCGAAGCAAAGUCAAAAAUUUGAAACUAGCGCACGCAAAGACAGGUACGAGCAGAUAUUUAGUAUCAGACUUGAUGGUACUUCUUUCUAUCUACCUCACGUUCAUUCCUCGUCAAGUAGAGUACAUCUUAAAUGGAUGACCCAUGAAAACUGCAAGGGCUGGAAACUUAUUGCACCAUUCACAGCAUUUCAAAUUUGUAAAUGUAAAUCUGCUAUCGAUUCUUGGGAAUUUUGCAUCUGUCUAAAGUAGCCAGUUCUCCUCAUCAUUCAUUUCAGCUUUGUCCGUCGGUGGCCUGAUCCACUCCCAACCCCUUCUCCUCCUCAACAUAGCCACAAUGCUUAUUGAUCAUUGCCACCUACCUUCACAUACCAUGGCUUCCAUUCGUUUCCCUGCAGAUCGCAGUUCCGAUCUCACUGUGCUUCGUGAUGCUGUUACAUUCCAGCGUACGUCUAACUUUCGAUUGUCAAUGUUUGACUCGUUUCCCAUGAUUGCUUCUUGUCAAAGAUUAACCGUGGAUUGGGCUGGACAGACAGGGUUUGAGCUUCGAACAAAGUGCCACAGCGAAUGCUAGAGCACGUCGUCUACCUCAACAUGAAUCCUAUAAUAUGAUGCUGUGUUCGACUGUUGGUGCUGGCGUUUAGCUGGAAGUUACCAUAGCCUUAAGCAGAAGUUGAGCUCCACAAUGGCUCGAAAUAGAUUUAUUGAAUACUCGAGUCUCGAACUCACCCCCGAUGGACUUCACUGGAUGGGAUCAGUGACCGCAUGGAAAGAUGUGACUGAAGCAAGUAGCUCACCUCCAGUACUGACAGCUCAGCUAGUUUCCAGUUUUCAGCAGCAGUAGGCUUGUUGAUGAGCUCGAGUCAGUCAAGAGAAAACAUUAGCAUAUUGAACAAAGCUGUCCUCUGAAUCCCUGCGAACCAUUUGAAUUUGAUGGAUGUCAUCCCCUGUGGGAUGUGGGCAGUGCAUAAACUACGGGCUUCUGCAUUGCGACAGGAGACGCAGACAUUUCAAUUGGUAUUUAAUUUUCAAAACACUCACGGCAGCUGAGAUCGACGAGGUUCAAUAGAGUUUAGAUUAUGCAAUCCUGGAACAAAGGAAGGAGAAACGAAGUUGACAUUUGAAAGGAAGUCAAUCAGUUGGUUUUCUGCAACUGAAGUUUGACACGAAUCUGAGAAAAAGAUGAAAGCAUAACGCACGGUGUACAUAUUAUUAUUUUAAGCAGUUGCC